CCUCGGGUUACUAUCCAUCAAAGAUGCAUCCAAGCAAACAUGUGUUUUAUGGCUCUCAGCGAGACCUCUUGCUGUAUUUCUAGUCGACUUCCACUGAUAUGGCAGCCAGUCUAUGCACUAUGGACAACCCGUCAGAGUCGUGGCGAUGGUCCUGCUGCACUAGCAGCGCUGCAGUUCAAAGGAAGUUACAAGAUCCUGCCGAAUGCUUGCCCAACCCUUCCGGACGACAACUUGCACAUCUGUAGUGCGACCACUGGAACACCUCCACAAUCGCUAACAUUGCGGUUUACUAAAGAAGGGGCUAAGAUACCGGUUCCAAAGCGUGCAGUCAAGAUCUUUACGCAGGAUCAUGACCCAGGCAUACCGGUGACGGGCAAUUUUACGUUUGGAGUAGGGCUGGUCAUGGAUUCGAAUGCUGGUAUUGAGGAGGUCGCCAUUGGCUUGCUGGAUCUCGGGGAUGUGCGCAACCUGACAGCCUCCAACUACUCCACUCUGCCCGCUGCAAUGGCACGAAAAGCUGGCACGCCAGAUACACCGAAUGCCGCACUCUUCUUCGGUCGUAUCGACACACAGAAGACCAUGCUGGGCAUGCCUUUGACAUCACUCCAAACUGUCAGUCCUAGUGGAUCGGACAACAUACCGUUUUCCACGGAUCCGUUGGAGAUUGACAUUAGGCUUGGGUUUCCCACAAUCAACCUACCUUCUGCCAUAAUUCAUCAGAUAUACGGUAUCUUGGAAAUACGGUAUCCUAAGACUUUCGAUAAUGCCCCAUGGAUACCCUGCGAUAUGGCUUCCAGCAAGGAAGCAAAUGUUGAUUGCAGAGCCCGAGGUCUCGGGAAGGGUUGUUCAACAUAUGUCAUCUGUUGUGAUGGGGGAUGA